AUGCUGCCCACAGACAAGUUGGCCGCACUCGGCUGGCCGACCAAUUUGCAGGCCGCACGGGGUAUGGGGACCAAGAAGUUUCCUGCCAUGGAUCGCCGAAGAGGCGAUCUAGUGGCAGGCAACGCGAUGCCUCCUAAUGUCCCGCCCGCACCACCGAAGAAAGGAGUGGUUGUUAAGGCAAAGCCUGCCCCCUCAAAGCCGCCUGCAAAGAAGGACAAAGUGCCGGCACCCAAGGCCUCAGCCACACGGCCACCCCGGGGAUCAAUUCCAGCAUCCAAAAGUUCUAAGAGGGCCCGAGAAGUAGAGGAGACUGAGGAGGAUGAGGGAGUGUGGCCGGGACAACUCGUCCCUCGGGAAGACUCCGGAUCAGAAGACUCGGAAGAGCCACAGAUUCUCGAGUAUGAGGAUGAUGAUGAGGGAUCCCCGCGGCAGGACUCUUCCCCUUCACCCGUCAUCGUCCGCGGCAAGAAGAAGGGCAGGACUGGGGAUAAGGAUGACAAGCCCGUGUCAAUGCGUAGUGUCAGGAGACAUGAUUUAGAGAAAUAUUCGGGCAGCUAUUCGCAGGUGCAGCACCUCUAUUCCUGGCUCAAAGGAAUCCACCCCUCCAAGUUCACGGAAUUCUUGUACAACCGCAUCACCAAGAACCAGACUUUGGCCUACAUCUAUUUGAUGACUGGGGUGACAAAGGGUGAGAAGAUUCCAUCGCACAGCAAGGCCGAAAUUGUCGAGGACCUCAAAAAGGAGUGGGGCAAGAUCGGGUCGUUGUGGCUCGAUGAGUCUGAUCCUUGGAUCGAGCCGGAUGGCAAGAAGAAUAUCUUGAUGCAAAUCCGGGAAAUCAGUGGUGAGGGCACGAAUUCCGGGACCCCCGCUCCCACUCCCCAGGAAGAAUCCAUUGAUGGGGAGAAACUUGAAGUCACGUACCGGAUCGGUUCUUUCAAGGAUGGAUUCAAAUUGAGGGCCCUUGAUUCUAGUGAAAAUGUCUUGAAUGAGGUGGCGCUCCCUCCCCCCGUGGAUGGUCGCAGCUACAUGAUCAUUGAUUUUGAUGGAGAGGAGUAUUUCCCCCAGGAAGGUAACAUGCUCAAUCUCAUGCUUUGUUCCAAGUACAUGGCUGACAACCUGCCAAAGCCAGUGUUGCCAAAGAAGUCGGCAACUACCACAGUGGGGAAUCUCGGGCACCCUCUGCCAACACUGCCGCCCAAAAAGUUGCCAACUAUGGACUCCGAUUCCGAUGUUGAAGGCUCAGCGGCUGAGGCUGACGGCUGGACAUUCCCCAAAAUUUACGAGAUCAAGCAGGGUGAGAAUAACUAUGGCUUGUUCUACCAGGGCAAGGAGGUUGAGCUUGAGGCCGGUGUCAAGUUCUACAUCAAGGAGGACGAACGCAUGGAGUACAAGGGUGAAUUCCUUGUGUACCCAGCCGAUGAGAACUCCAUCAUCCACCCCCGGUUUGUUUCCAAGCUUCUGAAGAAGAGGGGCUCAGAGCAUCCCAGCAGCAUAUUUGACCACCACCUGGUCCUUAGUUUGAUCAACAGGUUUUGGGGAUUCAUUUCGUUCACAAAAUACAGGUAUUUAGCUAGAAACCCCAUCAUUGAGGUUUACCACAAAUAA